GACAGACGCAGACCUCUCACUCUCCUGGCUGUGGAGGGAGGGAGAAGUCAGCCUCAGAAGCAUUGCUGCUACUUACUGUACACUGCAAUACUCUGAAGCCGGUUUUGUAUCUGUUCUUCCUCUUAUCGCUCUAACAGAAGAGCGAUGGAGCGGCGGCAGUCCCUCAGUAAGAUGAUUGUCCACGCUUUCCGCACGCGGAUGAUCUGGCUAUGGCUCGCGGGACUGUCUGCCCGAGAGAUCUCCUGCUGCACCGGUGCGAGCGUGUCCACCGUGUACCGCUGGCUGCGUCGCUGGCAGGCCGGGGACUCCUUGGAGAUAAAGAACUUUAAAGGAAGACAACCGGACAGGGUACUAGAGCAAUACUUAUCAUUCACAGCUAAGGAUUACUUUCAGAGCGUCUUGGAAGUCACCCAACCCCGUCGCGAGAUGUGUGAUCGAGGACUCAGCAGGUUACCGGUGCCAGACUUCCCGCUAGAUUCGACAUACGAGUGGCCGCCGCCUUCUUAUGCCUGUGUCUGUAACUCACUUCACGUAGAUAAAGUUGCGAAGGCAUGUGGUUGACACGGAAGUGCGUUUACUUCACCAUGGAUUAUUAUUAAGUAUAUUUCGGCGAUCUAUCCCAACUAUACUUUUAACAGGCUGUAGUGGAAAAUGUUUUUUUUUUUAUUUAUUUAUUUUUUUAAAGAUGUGUCACAAUUUUGGUGAUAGUUUAACAAGGAUUCUGAACCUUCAGCGAAAACAAAAACAAAACAAACCAAAACAUGAGAACUCUACUCAUCAUCUCUGCCUUUGAAGUUGAAGGAAGUCCUUAGGGAAGUCCGCGGCCUUUCUAAACAUACGACUGCAAUAGACGCAGCACUCACAGUAUAUAGCUACUUGCUGCGCCACUUAUAUAUCGUCAGUAAUUAUACAAACAUGAAUAUUUUAAGUGAAUAAAGAUGACUGAUGAAU